GCCCGCUCGCGACCUCGCCCAGCGAAUCUGUCACACAAUUCUCCACAUUUCGACUCGAAAUCCCGAAACUCGCCGCAAUUUCUUUUCUGUGGACUCGAGACAAUCCAGCUCCAUCGAGCUGAAAUCCCUCGUACCGAAUCUUGUCUGCCUCCGAGAAACACGAAUUCGCAACCCCCCGAGCAAUUCGGACGAGAGCUCUGAGUGUCAACUUUCUCUCGGGGUGGAAUGGCGAGUGUCGCUCUGGGCGGCAGUGCUGUCCAUUUGGCCAAUGGCUCUGGCGCGGCGUGCGUGAAUUGCUCGACGCUGCGGAGCUCGAGAGCUCUCGCUAGCUCACAGAGGAGCUUCCGAGGAAUCCCACUGGCAGCAGGAGGGGGCAGGAGCUCGACAGGCGGCGCCAAGGAGCAUUCGGGCUCGAGCUCGAGUUCGAGGACGAGAGCGCAAGCGCAAGCCGUGGACUCAUGGCCGUCGCCGUCUGCAGCGUCGACGGAGCCCGAGACGGUGCAGCUCGGGAGGUCCGAGGUCUACGUGCCCAGGCUCGGAGUGGGCUCGUGGUCCUGGGGCGACGCCUUCUUCUGGCACGAAGGCGGCUGGGACGAUAGGAAAGCGAAGGAGGCCAAGGCUGCUUUCGAGGCCAGCGUGGACUCAGGCCUGCCCUUCUUCGACACCGCAGAGGUUUAUGGCCAAAAGUGGGGAGGAGGUGAUGAUUCCGAGACUCUCCUCGGGAGGUUCAUCAAGGAGAGACAAAAAGCGAAGCCUACAGAAACAACGAAAGUUGUGGUGGCCACCAAAUUCGCAGCUCUGCCUUGGAGGUUUGGCAGAGGUAGCGUCGUCUCAGCCGUCAGGUCUUCACUCCAACGCCUCGGCAUAUCGCAAAUAGACUUGUACCAACUGCACUGGCCAGGGCUGUGGGGGAACGAUGCAUUCGUCGAUGGAUUAGCGGAUGCGGUGGAGUUGGGACUCGUGAAAGCCGUGGGAGUGUCCAAUUACAAAGAGCAGAGGCUCAGAGACGCGUACACCCAACUGAAGAAGAGGGGAGUCAUUCUGGCCUCAAAUCAAGUGCACUACAGCCUGGUCUACAGAAACCCCGAGCAGAACGGAGUGAAGAAAGCGUGCGAUGAGCUCGGAGUUUCCUUGAUUGCGUACUCACCCCUCGGCCAAGGAGUGUUGACCGGCAAGUACUCGCGGACGAAGCUUCCCUCGGGGGCUCGAGGGAAAACCUACAACGAGCAGUUCAUGACGGAGCUGGAGCCGCUGAUGACGAGAAUGAAGGAGAUCGGGCAGCUGCAUGGAGGGAAGACCCCGACGCAGGUGUCCCUCAACUGGCUCUUGGCGCAAGGAAAUGUGAUCCCCAUUCCUGGAGCGAAAUCUGCAUCUCAGGCCCAGGAGUUUGCUGGGGCUUUGGGGUGGAGUUUGUCCGGGUCAGAGGUCGAAGAGCUGAGGUCCAUAGCGAAGAAUGUGAAACCCGUGAUGGGAUUCCCGGCGGAGCUGAUCUAGGUCGCCCUGGUCUGCUUUUGCUCGCUUGCCAUCUGGAUGUCGAUCUGAGGGAGGAGGGAGGAAUCGAUUGGUGUCCUGGCGAAUGAAGGACUGCAUGCAGCAGCUCUCGGAGGGUGUAGCUCCAUGAUUUGACAGGCCAUGUUCGCUGACACGGAUUGUGGACCAACUGUAUGCAUCCGGAAUGCAGGUGUCAGAGAUCUUUCGCCGUAGAAGUUCUCGUGCAAACCGCUUGUAGUACACUAUGCAACGUGAGUUCGAGGGAAGUAUAUAUUGUAGUAUAUAAUACUACUCGCCGUGGUAGGAAAGGUGUGAAAAUUUCCACAUUGCAAGGAAAUCUGACCUCGACAAAAUGCGAGAGGUUAUAUUCUCUCUCCGACCUGCGGUCAAGAUUGUUAGACGCAGAGAUGUCAGAAAUGUACAUGGAGAUUGUUGGCUUAAUAUCAGUUUCUUACGAUUCAUCG